AUGGGGGAGUUUAAAACCAAUCAACAGUCGGGAUGGAAUAAAUUGUACCAGAUUUUAGUUGGCGUUGCUCGAGGGCUUGAGUAUUUGCAUCGAGGGUGCAAUACAAGGAUUGUGCAUUUUGACAUUAAGCCUCAUAACAUUCUUCUUGAUACAGAUUUUUCCCACUUUGGACUUGCGAAGCCAUGCACUAGGAAGGAGAGCAAUGUAUCGCUAUUGGAGGCAAGAGGAACCAUCGGAUAUAUAGCACCAGAAGUGUUCAGUAGAAACUUUGGACAAGUUUCACACAAGUCUGAUGUCUAUAGUUAUGGAAUGAUGGCUCUAGAAAUUGUUGGAGGACGAAAGAAUCAUGAAGCUGAAAUGAGUUCCAGUAGCGAAAAAUAUUUUCCAGACUGGAUUUAUAGGCAUCUUGAGCUAGAUGAUGAGUUUGAAUUGAAUGGCGUGACAAAUGCAGAACAAUCUGAUAUUAUGAGGCAAAUAGCAAUAGUUGGCUUGUGGUGCAUCCUCACAAAUCCAUCUGAUAGACCAUCCAUGAGAAAAGUGAUAGAAAUGUUGGAAGGACCUCUUGGAGCAUUGAAAAUUCCACCGAAGCCUCGCCUGUAUUCUCCUCAAAGAUUACUUUCAUAUUCAUCUACUACAUCAUUAGCAUGA